AUGAAUUACGAGUACCUUUGCAUUAUGCUGCAGAUUGUGCAGAUAUUGCCACCUUCCAACGAAUUUUUAGUUUCAUUGGAGCGUUCCUUAAUGGAUGCACAAGACCAAUUUGGAUUCACUCCCCUACUUGUAGCAGCGAUGGCAGGGAACGUUUCUGUACUUGAAUUUUUAAUAGAACAAGGCGCUCAAUUAGGACAGUUAGAUAGGGAUGGACACUCUGCAGUACAUUGGGCUGUUGUUUGUGGACAAUUGGACGUUCUAAUAGCAUUGCUUCGCCAUGGUUCUCCACUAGCUCUAGCGGACAUUCACGGAGCUCAUCCACUGCAUUAUGCCACAGUAGGAUUCACCGAAACAGAAAGUCAUCGUGAAGUGCCCGUAGAACGCUCAGAAGCCAUUUUGCACGUUCUUUUGAGGCAUGGUGCCCAAUUAGAAUGUACUGACCUGGAUGGGCGAACACCUUUAAUUUGGGCUGCUAGUGGGGGCAAUCUACGAGCUUUUAGCAGUUUAAUCCAAGCGGGAGCCAAUCGUUUCACUGCUGAUAGGGAUAAACUGGGAGUUUUGCACUGUGCUUCAAGUCAUGGUCAUUUACCUAUAGUUCAAGCAAUGUUAGAUCUUGGCCAUCAUUGGGUGGUUAAUGCUAGGGAUAGAAACGGCGAUACACCCCUUUUCUUUGCUGCAGCUUAUGGUCACCUUGAAUGUGUUAAAUUGUUGUUGGAAAGAGGCGCAGAUCCAAACCAUCAGGACAGACGUAUUAGAACUGCAGCGCACUGUGCGGCAGCUAAGGCACAGCUUAGAGUACUUAAACUUUUGAGACAAAGAGGUGCUAGUUUGGAUUUGCAAAAUUAUAGAGGGGAUUUGCCUUUUCAUGAAGCUGUGCAAGUUGGAAGUAAAGGUGGGGGAGAUUGCUACUUAAAAUAUGUUUCAAGUUUAAUUAUAAAAUUGUGUUUAAAUUAA